AUGUCUAAUCCCGAAAAGGGUGAUCAUGUCAUCAACAUCCCGGAUGACGCUUACGAUGGCCGCGACGCGAAACCAUCCGAUAACGCCGCUUCUGGCCUGCUUGCGAGCGAAUCCAAUGGCGCUUCAACCACGACCAGGCAAAUCGAAAAUAGCACUGCCUUAUCCAUUGUUGCGUAUUGCUUGUCAUCUAUCAGCAUGACAGUCGUCAACAAAUACGUUGUGUCAGGGAGCUCGUGGAACCUGACAUUCUUCUACCUUGCCGUCCAAGCUAUCGUCUCGACUACUGCGAUCAUAUUUGCGAAAAGACUGCGAAUGAUUCGAAACCUGGCUCCCUUGAAUUACACGAAAGCCAAACAGUGGUUUCCAAUCUCCCUGCUUCUCGUGAGCAUGAUUUACACAGGCAACAAAGCCCUACAAUUUCUGUCCGUCCCGGUUUACACCAUUUUCAAGAAUCUCACUACCAUUGUCAUCGCGUAUGGCGAGGUUUUGUUGUUCGGAGGCAAGGUCACUCCAAUGGCCUUCUUGUCAUUCUGCCUGAUGGUCCUCAGUUCGAUCGUUGCAGCAUGGGCCGACAUACAAAGCGCCGCCAACGCGUCUUUGAGCAAAGGCGUCUCAAGUCUGUCAUCAAAUCUUGAUGUUGGAUAUUCCUGGAUGGGCAUCAAUAUUGUGUGCAGCGCCGCAUAUCUCCUUUCAAUGCGGAAGAUCAUCAAGAAGAUGAACUUUAGCGAUUGGGACACCAUGUUCUACAACAACUUACUGACGAUCCCCGUCCUGCUUUCUUGUUCGCUUAUGGUUGAAGAUUGGUCAGCUGUCAACCUGGCAAAGAACUUCCCCCAAUCAUCGCGGCAGAGUAUCAUAGCCGGCAUGAUCUACUCAGGCCUCGGUGCGAUUACAAUCUCAUAUAGCUCAGCAUGGUGCAUCAGAGUUACUUCUUCGACAACCUAUUCGAUGGUAGGCGCCCUGAACAAGCUACCUGUUGCGCUGAGUGGCUUGAUCUUCUUUUCAGCCCCCGUAACGGUGGGUAGCGUUUCUGCGAUAGCGAUAGGAUUCGUUAGCGGAAUUGUUUACUCCUGGGCACGGAUGAAAUAG